GUUUAGGUAUGUUCACCCGCCUCCCGCGAGUUCGUGCAUUCUUGUGGGCGGAGAACAAAUUUCGGUUCCGGGUGUUUUUACACUUCUCUCGAAGGCGUUAAUUUGUCUGAUUAUGGUCUUAAAUCUUAAAGUUAAAAAAAUUCACGAACAUUCAAGGUAGAGAACAGUUUUAUUGAAAGAACAAACGGAACAUCAGCAAAGAUGACAACCCGAUCAGAGAGAGAGAAGGCCCUGAAACUCAACGAGCAGCAUCAGGCCAUUCUGUCCAAAAUGCUGAGAGAGGACGACAACAAAUACUGCGCCGAUUGUGAGGCGAAAGGUCCAAGGUGGGCAUCAUGGAACCUGGGAGUGUUUAUCUGUAUCCGAUGUGCUGGCAUUCACAGGAACCUUGGGGUUCACAUAUCACGGGUCAAAUCUGUCAACCUGGACCAAUGGACAGCAGCACAAAUACAGAGCAUAGUAGAUAUGGGCAACUCCAAGUCCAGGCAGCUUUAUGAGGCCAACCUUCCAGACAACUACAGAAGGCCUCAGACAGACCAAGCAGUGGAGUUGUUCAUCAGGGACAAGUAUGAGAAGAAGAAAUACUACAGCAAAAAUGUGACCAAUGGACACAGUUCAAAAGACAAGGAGAGCAAGCGAGAGAAAGAAACUGAUAGAGGGACCAAGCUGUCAUACAAUGCCAAAAGUGAAGAGACCCGACAAGCCCCCAAAGCAAGUCCAGUGAAGACAGCAGAACCUCCCGUCAACCUACUUGGCCUUGAUGCUCCAACACCUGCCCCUGCUAACAACGGUAAUGCUGCUAGCACAGCAAGCAGCGACUUGGAUAUCUUCGGCCCCAUGGUGUCCAACCCCCUCCCCUCAUCUAAUGCUGCUGCUCAGUUCUCUCAGGCUAGCUCCAGUACCCCAGCCAGCACCCCAACACAACCCCCAGCAGCAACCCCAUCCUCGGGCUCUGCCCAGGGAAACCUGGACCUGUUCAGUGAGACUGGUGGUGGAGGGGGCAUUAAGGGGGAGGACACUGGGGCCAAGAAACCCCUCUCCAAGGACUCCAUCCUGUCCCUGUAUGGGAACACCAGUAUGCCUCAGAUGCCCCAGCACCAGCAGGCCCCGCCUGCUGGUAUAUACAUGAACCCCGCCCAGAUGCAGUUUCCAGUAGGCAUCCCCCAGCAGCAGGUCCCUGCUGGCUACCAGGCCUUCCCUGGCAUGGGCACAGGCAUGCCCCCCACCACCGUCAUGGGUGCCAUGAUGGCUCAGAACGGAGCUGCCAUGAUGGGACACAACACAGGCAUGAUGGUUGGCAUGACGAUGCCCAACGGUUUCAUGGGACAAGCGCCCGCGGCCGGAAUGGUUGGCAUGGCUCCGAGGAUGAUGGGGGUACCACAGGGGGGGAUGCCCGCUGGUAUGGUGCCCGCUCAGGGCAUGCAGGGGAUGUAUGCCGUCCAGCCUGGGCAGCAGGGCCACUGGAACAUGGGACAGAUGAACCAGCAGAUGUCAGGGAUGAGUCUGAACGGUGCCGGGGGGGCCAUGGCCUUCGGUCAGCCUGCCUCCACCAUGGGAGGCUGGGCCGCCGCACCCUCCGGUCAGACCCUCAGCAACCAGCUCUGGAAGUGACCCCCCCCCCAGGAGGUCAAAGGUCAGGGAUUGGGGGUCAGGGCAGCGGCAGAGGGGGUCGCAACCAGGGGGUCCGAAAUCCAACAUCCAACCCCCCAGCAACCUUACUAUGAACUGAUGCCCGUUCUCCAAUUGAUACUGACCACUCUCCAACAUCGAGCUUAUCUGGCUCUGUAUGCAUACUGAAGAGAUGCAGCCUUCCUUCCUUGUUUCCUUCAGGUAAUCACAGAUCCAUUGGUGAUUGGACAGGUGAAAGCAAGGUGACCGUCUUAUUAGUCUGACCGACCCAAUCAGAUCAGUGAUUACUUCAAGGAAGGAAGCAUUUCUGAAGUAUUCAAACAGGGCACAUCUCUCUCUUUCUGUCACUUUCUAUCCAUCGUGCUCUCUUUCCAUCUCUCUUUUGUGAGUAAAUUGGGAGUCCUUAUACAUACACCAUCAUACGCAGGCUGGCAGUCAGUGCCUGUUACAUGUUGUGGAUAUCAUAACUCUUUUCAUUUUCCUUUUUUGGAAAGAAAAAAACGACAACCACAAUGUAAACAAAGACAUCGACAACAUAUCGGAAAAGCUGCAGGACCAGUUACACAAGCUUUUAUUGUAUCAUUAUAAAAAAUUAUUAUAGAGAAUUAAAGAAUAGUAUUUAAACUUUGGGAGAAGACAUGGCUAUCAUUUCUGUGGAUACUGCUCUCCUAUGUAUGGCUCUAUAUAACCUUUUAAACUACCUGUGGUUCCCCUACAAAAUAAAGUAUGAUAAACCCAA